CAUAGCCGUAACCAAAACCUGCCAGCCGUUCAAAGCCAAACUCAAAUAAUAAAAAAAAAAACGAACCGAAACUGCCUUCACAAAGUACCUAAAGCCAAUCCAAAUAGCUGCCAAAAGAAACCAAAACCGCCGUUCCCCGGAAAAUAGAUGAUGGGAUCGCCGGGAUCCCAAGUGUCCGCGAUCGCGACCUCGGUCGGAAUCAGAAGCGGGCGGAGAGGUCAAGCGGGCACCCUGCUCCUGCGCCUCCUUGCCGUGACCUUCGUCCUUGCCGCCUGCUACGCCCCGCUGACAAAUGCCAAGCAAAUUGCACAACUUGGCGAUGACCAAGAUUUUAUGCUGGCAGAGGAUGUGUCGCUUCAGGGCAUCAACGAUUCCGAAUGGCAGGCCCAGAGUUAUGUCAUUGAUGAUGAUGGCGACGCCUCUCUGGACGACUUCGAUGAGACACUGAAACCCUUGGAGGACAAGUCCGAGGAGAAGGACUUGCCCACUGGCAACUGGUUCAGCCAGAGUGUCCACCGUGUUCGCCGUUCCAUAAAACGUUUGUUUGGCAAAGACGAUAAUGACGAUCAGGAGCGGGAACAACAACGAAAACGUGAACGGUCGCAAAGGAGUCGCGAUGCGAUUAAUCGGCAAAAAGAGUUACGCCGCAAACAAAAGGAGAGUCAGAACCAAAUGAAGCAAAUGCGAAUGGAACGCCAGCUGGAGAAACAGCGCCUGGCCAAACGGGCCAAUCAUGUUGUCUUCAACCGCGCCACCGAUCCUCGCAAGCGGGCAUCGGACCUCUACGACGAGAACGAGGCAUCCGGUUACCACGGGGAGGAGGAUACCGUUCCCUUUACUACCAACUUCGUCGUUAACGAACCUUAUAACAACGAAUACAGAGAUCGGGAAAGCGAUCAGUUCCAGAACCUGCAAAAACUUCUGGACGAUGAUUUGCAUAGCUUUUUCCAAAGCAACUACGAAGGCAACGAUGACGAGGAGCAGGAAAUUCGCACCACUCUGGAGCGCGUUGAACCCACCAAAGAUAACUUCAAAAUUCGCGUACAACUCAGGGUAGAGCUGCCCAAUUCUAUCACCGACUUCGGAAGCAAGUUGCAGAAGCAACUGAAUGGCUACAAUAAGAUCGAUCACUUGAGUGCCGAAACCGGGGGCAUCUUUUCCUUCGCAGAAGCCAGUGAAGUGACAGAAGAAUCAGUACAACCUGGAUCAAACCUGGAUCAGCCCGAAAGGCGUUCCGAAUUCUUCAAUGUGCCCGAUACAGCAAAUCCAGUUUCUGCGACAAAAGCACACUUCCAUAUCCGAGAUUUCGAGGAAGAGCCAAUCGAUGUUUCAUUUGGCAAGGAUGAGGUUGAGGGCUCUGGUAGCGAUGUCUCCGGCUGUCGCGGAGACUCCACCUUCACUUGUUACCGAACCGGAAAGAAAAUUUGCGAUGAAAUGCGAUGCGAUGGUGUGACCCAAUGUCCCGACGGCGAGGACGAAGAGUACUGCAAUGUUUGCACUGAAGAUCAGUUCAAGUGCGACGAUAAGUGUCUGCCCCUCCAAAAACGCUGCGAUGGAACUAUCGAUUGUGAGGAUCAGACCGACGAGGCUGGCUGUAUUUAUGAGCAAGGUCCUGAUCCAGAGCCUGAGCCUGAGCCAGAGCCUAAACCAGAGCCUGAACCUGAACCAGAGCCGGAACCGGAGCCCGAACCAGAGCCUGAACCUGAACCCCAAGACCCGGAAACCAAUGAGUGCCAGACCAACGAGUUUAGAUGCAAUAAUGGAGACUGCAUCGAUGCCAGAAAGCGUUGCGACAACGUUUCGGAUUGUAGCGAAGGCGAGGACGAGAACGAGGAGUGCCCCGCCGCCUGCAGCGGAAUGGAGUACCAAUGUCGCGACGGCACACGCUGUAUCAGUGCCAGUCAGCAGUGCGACGGUCACUCCGAUUGCAGCGACGGCGACGACGAGGAGCAUUGCGACGGAAUUGUGCCCAAGCUACGAUACACCUGCCCCAAGGGCAAAUUCACGUGCCGGGACUUGAGCUGCAUAUCGAUUGUCCAUCGCUGCGAUGGUCGGGCCGAUUGUCCAAACGAUCGAUCGGACGAGGAGGGGUGUCCCUGUCUGUACGACAAGUGGCAGUGUGAUGAUGGCACCUGCAUAGCUAAGGAACUGCUCUGCAAUGGCAACAUCGAUUGUCCCGAGGACAUUUCCGAUGAGCGCUACUGCGAGGGUGGCUAUGAUAGCGAGGAAUGUCGGUUUGAUGAGUUCCGUUGCGGGACUGGUGAGUGCAUACCAAUGCGUCAGGUGUGCGAUAACAUUUACGAUUGCAACGAUUAUGCCGAUGAGGUUAACUGCGUCGAAGGCGAAGAGCAGGAUAGUGUGGGCAUACCCAUUGGCCACCAACCGCGAAGGCCAUCGCCCAAGUACGACGACUGGCUGCACGAAAUGGACGCCAACGAGUACCACGUGUACCAGCCAAAUAAUGUCUAUGAGAAGGCCAAUUCACUGAAUCCGUGUGCCAGCAACCAAUUCCGUUGCACCACCUCGGAUGUUUGCAUCCCGCUGCAUUUGCGCUGCGAUGGCUUUUAUCAUUGCAAUGAUAUGAGCGACGAGAAGUCCUGCGAGCAGUAUCAGCGUCACACCACCACCCGUCGCCCUACGACCUUGCCCGCAACCAGCAGCACAUUCUCCACCCAGGGCCCAGGUCUUCUGGAGCGUCGCAAUACCACCACCACCACCACCAGAGCCACCGAAGCAUCGCAAUGGCCAUGGGCAACGAAACCGACAACCACCGCGACCACGACUUCUAACCCAAUAACAACAGUUGGCGUAGCGAAAAACAACAAACAAACAUAUGAUAUAGGCGGCUCAGCCCAGACAUGCCUCGAAAACAUCGAAUUCGCGUGCCACAAUCACGAUUGCAUUCCGAUUGAGAGCGUCUGCGAUGGCAUGCCCGACUGCGGACGCAAUGAAGACGAGGACGACGCUCUGUGCAAGUGCAGCGGCGACAAGUACAAAUGCCAGCGCGGCGGAGGCUGCAUUCCCAAAUCCCAGGUGUGCGAUGGCAAACCUCAAUGCCACGACCGCAGCGAUGAGAGUGCAUGUCACCUCCAUGGAAGAUUGAAUAAGACUCGUUUGGGGGUUCAGUGCCAGGAGAGCCAGUAUCAAUGUGGCGAUGGAAGCUGCAUCUCCGGCUACAAGCGCUGCAAUGGCAUCCACGAUUGCGCCGAUGCCUCCGACGAAUACAACUGCAUCUACAACUACGAAGACACCUACGACACCGACCCGGACAACAAUCCAUUGAAUGAAUGUGAUAUCCUUGAGUUUGAAUGUGACUACACUCAGUGUUUGCCGCUAGAGAAGAAAUGCGAUGGCUAUGCAGACUGUGAAGACAUGAGCGACGAGCUCGAAUGUCAGUCGUACACAGACCAUUGUCUAGAGUCUGAGUUCGAAUGCGAUAGCUACUGCCUGCCACGCGAUCAGUUGUGCAACGGAAUUCCCAAUUGCCAAGAUGGCAGCGACGAGCGCAACUGCACCUUCUGCCGGGAAGACGCCUACCUUUGCAACACCGGCGAGUGUGUGGCCGAUAAUCAGAGAUGCAACGGCAUCUCCGAUUGCGCCGACGGCAGCGACGAGCGUCACUGCGCCAGGAUAUAUUGUCCACCUAACAAAUUAGCCUGCAACGGCACUUGCGUCAGUCGGAGAAUAAAGUGUGAUGGCAAACGCGAUUGCCUCGAUGGCUAUGACGAGAUGUACUGUCCCGAGACCAACAACCACUAUCCCACACAAAAUGUGAAUGUCAUUCAACCAAAACUGGGCCCCAAUCCCAUAAUACCAAAAUCCUGCCGCCCCCAUGAAUGGCAAUGUGCGAAUCUAGAGUGCAUUGAUCGCAGUUUGCAGUGCAAUGACUAUAAGGAUUGCUCCGAUGGAUCCGAUGAGGACCUCAGCGUUUGCUUUGGCACUGCCACCACCCGACUUAAGCCAAGCGACUGCAGUCCGGAUCAGUUCUACUGCGAUGAGUCGUGCUACAAUCGCUCCGUUCGAUGCAAUGGGCACGUGAAUUGCUCUGAUGGCAGUGAUGAGGUGGGCUGCACCAUGAAGUCACUGCCAUGUCCGCAGCACCAGUGUCCCAGUGGCAGGUGUUAUUCGGAAAGUGAGCGAUGCGACCGCCACCGACACUGCGAGGACGGCUCCGAUGAGGCCAACUGCUGCUACGCAAAUCAAUUCCGUUGCAACAAUGGUGACUGCGUUUCCGGAUCGGCUCCCUGCAACGGCUACUCCGAGUGCAGUGACCACUCCGAUGAGCUCAACUGUGGCGGAGCCCAGGAGUGUCUGCCCAACCAAUUCCGCUGCAACAGUGGCCAGUGUGUGAGCUCGUCGGUGCGAUGCAACGGGCGAACCGAUUGCCAGGAUAGCUCCGAUGAACAAAAUUGCGGUCAUCGCCAUCCAGAGGGAACCACUGGAGUUUUCACCACCACCACCUCGACUAGCACCACCGCCAUGACACCACUGCGAAUCAUCUGCCCCCCAACCACAUUUAAAUGCGAAAAUGGUCCCUGUAUUUCGCUGGGUCUCAAAUGCAAUGGCCGCGUUGAUUGUCCAUAUGAUGGUAGCGAUGAGGCGGAUUGUGGUCAAAUCAGCAACGACAUCGAUCCCGCUGACAACAGUAACGAUCGCCGAUCGAACCAACUGAAUCUCAAGACCUAUCCCGACAGCCAGAUCAUCAAGGAGAGUCGCGAGGUCAUCUUCCGUUGCCGCGAUGAAGGACCCGCUCGCGCCAAGGUCAAGUGGUCCCGCCCCGGCGGACGACCUCUGCCACCUGGUUUCACCGAUCGAAACGGCCGCCUGGAGAUUCCCAACAUUAGGGUCGAGGAUGCCGGCACUUAUGUUUGCGAGGCUGUGGGCUAUGCCAGCUAUAUUCCCGGCCAGCAGGUCACCGUAAACCUCAACGUCGAGCGCUAUAACGACGUUGGAUCCCGUCCGGAAUCAGCCUGUACGGAAUACCAGGCCACCUGCAUGAACGGCGAAUGCAUUGACAAGUCGUCCAUCUGCGAUGGAAAUCCCGACUGCUCGGACGCCUCCGAUGAGCAAAGCUGCAGCUUGGGUCUCAAGUGCCAGCCCAACCAGUUCAUGUGCUCGAAUUCUAAGUGCGUGGAUCGCACCUGGCGAUGCGAUGGCGAGAAUGACUGCGGGGAUAAUUCCGAUGAGACCUCCUGCGAUCCGGAGCCAAGUGGCGCUCCGUGCCGAUACAAUGAGUUCCAGUGCCGCAGUGGUCAUUGUAUACCCAAGAGCUUCCAGUGCGACAAUGUUAAUGAUUGCACAGAUGGUACCGAUGAAGUUGGAUGCAUGGCACCCUUGCCAAUCCGCCCGCCACCGCAAUCGGUUGCUCUGUUGGAGUACGAGGUGCUCGAGCUCACUUGCGUGGCCACCGGAACCCCAACUCCAACAAUCGUGUGGCGUCUGAACUGGGGUCAUGUGCCCGAUAAGUGCGAGUCAAAGAGCUACGGUGGAACCGGAACACUCCGUUGUCCGGACAUGAGGACGCAGGACAGUGGAGCAUACUCAUGCGAAAUUAUUAACACACGCGGCACGCACUUUGUGAACCCGGACACCAUUGUUACCGUGACCCCCGUGCGUACAGAUGUGUGCGAAGCUGGAUUCUUCAAUAUGUUAGCCCGCAAAUCGGAUGAGUGCGUCAAGUGCUUCUGUUUCGGAGUGGCUAAGGCCUGCGACAGUGCCAACCUAUUUACGUAUGCCAUCCACCCGCCGAUCAUGUCACACCGCGUUGUCAGUGUCGAACUGAGUCCCAUUCGACAGAUUGUGAUCAAUGAGGCAGCCCCAGGACAGGACCUGCUUACCCUGCUCCAUGGCGUUCAGUUCAGGGCCACCAAUGUUCACUUCAGUGGCCGGGAGACGCCCUAUUUGGCCUUGCCCACAGAGUACAUGGGCAACCAGUUGAAGUCGUAUGGCGGAAAUCUGCGCUACGAGGUUAACUACAGCGGCAGUGGAAGGCCCGUCAAUGGCCCAGAUGUAAUCAUCACUGGCAAUCGCUUUACCCUAACCUAUCGCGUUCGCACUCAGCCGGGACAAAACAACAGGGUUAGCAUUCCAUUUGUGCCAGGUGGCUGGCAAAAGCCCGAUGGUCGCCGGGCGUCGCGUGAGGAGAUCAUGAUGAUUCUGGCCAAUGUGGACAAUAUCCUGAUUCGACUCGGCUACCUGGAUAGCACCGCUCGCGAAGUGGAUCUUAUAAAUAUUGCUUUGGAUUCGGCAGGCACUGCCGAUAAGGGACUGGGUAGUGCCUCGCUCGUGGAGAAGUGCACGUGCCCACCUGGUUAUGUUGGUGAUUCGUGUGAGUCCUGUGCCUCCGGUUAUGUGAGGCAGCCCGGUGGACCUUGGUUGGGUCACUGUGUGCCGUUCAUCCCCGAGCCCUGUCCAUCCGGAACCUAUGGAGAUCCCCGUCGCGGUGUGCCCUGCAAGGAGUGUCCGUGCCCACUAACCGGCAGCAAUAACUUUGCCAGCGGCUGUCAACAGAAUCCUGAUGGCGACGUGGUUUGCCGUUGCAAUGAGGGCUACACGGGCAGGAGAUGCGAACAGUGCGCCGCUGGAUACCAGGGCGAUCCAUUGGCUGCGGGAGGAGUUUGCCGCAAAAUACCCGAUACUUCCUGCAAUGCGGAUGGCACCUAUUCCACCUACAGCAAUGGAACCUGCCAGUGCAAGGAUAGCGUAAUUGGCGAACAGUGCGACACUUGCAGGCCAAGGAGUUUCCACCUCAAUUCGUUCACCUACACCGGUUGCAUUGAGUGCUUCUGCAGUGGAGUGGGCUCGGAUUGCGAUAGCAGCACGUGGUAUCGCGAUCAAGUAACAAGCACCUUUGGACGUUCGCGCGCCGAUCAUGGAUUUGCUUUGAUCACUAACUACAUGCAAACUACGCCAGACACCGUACCUGUCUCCAUGGCCGCCGAGCCCCACGCGUUGAGCUUUAUAGGAUCGGCUGAGCAAGCUGGAAAUACGCUCUACUGGAGUCUGCCAGCCGCGUUUCUGGGUAACAAGCUUUCCUCAUAUGGAGGCAAGCUGACUUACACCCUAAGCUACAGUCCCCUGCCCAACGGAAUUAUGUCGCGGAACAGUGCCCCAGAUGUGGUGAUCAAGAGUGGCGAGGAUCUAAGGCUCAUUCAUUAUAGGAAGACACAAGUUGUCCCCAGUGUGGCCAACACCUAUUCGGUGGAAAUCAAGGAGAGUGCCUGGCAGCGCGGCGACGAAGUCGUGGCCAACCGUGAGCACGUUCUGAUGGCCCUUAGCGAUAUUACGGCCAUCUACAUUAAGGCCACAUAUACCACUAGCACCAAGGAGGCCUCGCUGCGCAAGGUGACUUUGGACGUUGCCACACCCACGAAUCUUGGCUCUUCCCGUGCCGUCGAGGUGGAACAGUGCCGCUGUCCCGAGGGCUAUUUGGGUCUCUCUUGUGAGCAGUGCGCUCCUGGCUAUGCCCGCGAUCCGGAGGGCGGCAUUUAUCUGGGACUCUGCCGGCCUUGUGAGUGCAAUGGACAUUCCAAAUAUUGCAACAUCGAUACCGGCGACUGCGAAGAAUGCUCUGACAACACCGAAGGACCAAGCUGUGAGCGAUGCGCUGCAGGAUAUGUGGGUGAUGCCACCCGUGGAACCAGCUACGACUGCCAACCCGAUGAGGGCUACCCGCCCCCGCGUCCUCCGGCACCCGGCAACCAGACGUUGGAAUGCACGGCCUAUUGCCAGAUAGAGGGCAUCUACAAUUGCCGCGGCAGCGAGUGUCUGUGCAAGAGGAAUGUGAUUGGUGACCGUUGCGAUCAGUGUCGCCCCGGAACCUAUGGACUGACCGCUCAAAAUCAGGAUGGCUGCAAGGAGUGCUACUGCUCUGGAGUGGCCAGCCAGUGUCGUUCGGCAGCUCUGUACCGCCAGCUUAUACCGGUGGACUUUAUUCUUAACGCACCGUUGAUUACAGACGAGAACGGAGUUGUGCAGGACACGGAGAACCUAAUUCCCGACAUAUCUAGGAAUAUGUAUACUUACGCGUAUACCUCCUACCUGCCCAAGUACUGGAGUCUCAGGGGAAGCGUGCUGGGCAACCAGCUAUUCUCGUACGGCGGCCGCCUGGCGUACAGUCUAAUAGUGGAGUCGUUUGGCAACUAUGAGCGUGGCCACGAUGUGGUGCUCAUUGGCAAUGGAUUGAAGCUCAUCUGGUCUCGACCCGAGGGAAAUGAGAAUCAGGAGGAAUACAAUGUACGACUGCACGAGGACGAGCAAUGGACCCGCCAGGAUCGUGAAUCGGCCCGACCGGCUUCUCGCUCCGAUUUCAUGACUGUGCUCUCGGAUCUGCAGCACAUUCUAAUUCGAGCCACACCCAAAGUGCCCACGCAAAGCACUUCGAUCGGCAAUGUCAUUCUGGAGAGUGCGGUGACCACUAGGACGCCGGGAGCUACGCAUGCUUCCGACAUCGAGUUGUGCCAGUGCCCAGCCGGAUACUCGGGCACUUCCUGUGAAUCCUGCGCACCUCUCUACUACCGCGAUGCCAGCGGAUCCUGCAGCCUGUGUCCGUGCGAGGCUUCCAACACGGAGUCCUGUGACUUGGUCAGUGGCGGCCACGUUGAAUGUCGUUGCAAGGCGCGUUGGAAGGGCGAUCGGUGUCGCGAGAUCGACACCAACGAUCCAACCGAUGCCGGCACCGACGAUCCCCUGCUCACCCAGAUUAUCGUGUUGAUUCAAAAGCCGGAGAUCACCAUUGUGCCAGUGGGCGGCUCCAUGACCCUCAGCUGUAGCGGUCGAAUGCGCUGGAGCAAUAGUCCAGUCGUCGUCAACUGGUACAAGGAGAACAGUCGCCUGCCAGAGAAUAUUGAAGUCCGAGGCGGUGAUCUGUAUCUGUACGAUCUGCAGAUCAGCGAUUCUGGCGUCUACAUCUGCCAGGCCGUCAACAACGAAACUGCCAUCGUGUCUAAGGACUCUGUAUCCAUUACCAUAACCAAGAAAGACCAGCUUUCACCGGCCGAGAUUGUGAAUUUGCCGAGCCAAGUGACAUUCGAGGAAUACGUAACCAAUGAGAUCGUCUGCGAGGUGCUCGGCAACCCACCACCCAGAGUCACGUGGGCGCGAGUGGACGGCCAUGCGGAUGCGCAAAGUACCCGGACAUACGACAACCGUUUGAUCUUCGAUUCGCCAAGGAAAUCGGACGAGGGUCGCUAUCGCUGCCAGGCGGAAAAUGAACAGAACCGUGAUGAAAAGUACGUGGUCGUCUAUGUUCAGAGCAAUCCUCCCCAGCCACCGCCGCAGCAGGAUCGCUUAUACAUCACACCGGAGGAGAUCAACGGCCUCGCCGGCGAAUCCUUCCAGUUGAACUGUCAAUUUACAAGUGUUGCCUCUCUGCGCUACGAUUGGUCCCACGAUGGUCGCUCCCUUUCUUCGUCGCCCGCCCGAAAUGUUCAGAUCCGUGGCAAUGUCCUGGAAGUUCGCGAUGCCAGCGAACGCGACUCCGGCGUCUACACCUGUGUGGCCUAUGAUGUCCGCAGCCGGCGCAACUUCACCGAGAGCGCCCGUGUUAACAUCGAGCGACGUGAGGAAGUACCACUUGGCAACAAACCGAUCAUCGAGACCUUGGAGCAGAAUAUCAUGAUCAUCCAGGGCGAGGACUAUAGCAUCACCUGCAAGGCCAGCGGAUCGCCAUAUCCCACGAUCAAGUGGGCCAAGGUGCACGACUAUAUGCCCGAAAAUGUCCACAUCAGUGGCAACGUGCUGAGCAUCUAUGGCGCGCGAUUUGAGAAUCGUGGUGUCUACUCCUGCGUGGCCGAAAACGCCCACGGAUCCGAUUUGUCCAGCACAAGUAUCGACAUUGAACCCCGGGAGCGGCCGAGUUUAAAGAUUGUAUCGGACGCCCAGCAAACAUUUUCGGUUGGCGCCCCGGCAUCCCUCUACUGCAGGGUAGAGGGCAUUCCCGAGCCGACCAUCGAAUGGGUUCGCGAGGACGGCCAACCGCUGUCGCCGCGUCACAAGAUCCAGGCACCCGGCUACAUGGUGAUCGACGAUAUUCAGAUCCAAGACAGCGGCAACUACGAGUGUCGCGCAAAGAACAUAGUCGGCGAGGCGACCGGCGUGGCCACCAUUACCGUCCAGGAGCCAACUCUUGUCCAGAUAGUGCCCGACAACCACGACCUCAGGCUAACGGAAGGCGAUGAACUCUCGCUGACCUGCGUGGGCAGCGGCGUCCCAAGCCCGGCAGUCGAAUGGGUUGAUGAAUUGGGCGGAAAACGGGAUCUGUACAGCCCCCCUAGCAAUACAGCAAUCUAUAAGAUAUACCGAGUGACCAAAGCGGAUGCAGGCAUAUACACCUGCCGUGGACAGAAUGAAGCGGGUAACGAUGAAGCUCACGUUCGCGUUACGAUCCAAGAAAGGCGCGGCGAUAUCGGAUCAGCCGAUGAUGAUUCUGAUCGGGAUCCCAGAAUCUACAUUCCGUCACAACCCCAACACACUGGCAGCCAUCAGCCGAGCAGCAACCAACGCCUGCCCACUGACUUUGGUGACAAUGUCACCCUGACCUGCGACUUGUACCAAAACGUGAACACAAUAUGGGAGCGCGUCGACGGGUCACCACUGCCACACAAUGCCUACACGGUGAAAAACAAGCUGGUGAUUGUGCGCGUGGAACAGCAGAAUUUGGGUCAGUACCGCUGCAAUGGAAUCGGUCGCGAUGGCAACGUGGAGGCCUAUGUGGUUAGGGAGCUGGUCCUUCUGCCCCUGCCCAGGAUCAGGUUCUACCCGAAUAUACCGCUGACCGUGGAGUUGGGCCAGAACUUGGACGUGCACUGCCAGGUGGAGAACGUGCGUCCGCAGGACGUCCAGUGGAGCACCGACAACAAUCGACCACUGCCCAGUUCGGUUCGCAUCGUGGGCAGCGUCCUGCGCUUCGUGUCCAUGACACAGGCGGCCGCCGGCGAAUACCGCUGCUCCGCCUCCAAUCAGUAUGGCAACCGAUCGGAACUCGCAAGGGUGGUGGUAAAGAAGCCCGCCGUCUUCCAGCUGGUUCCGCAGUCCCAGGUGCAACAGCAUCGCGAAGGUGAAAGCAUUCAACUGCAGUGCAGUCUUACCACUCAGUACGGCGGCAAUGUUCAGUUCAACUGGUUCCGCUACGACGGAAGUGCCCUGCCGAACAACGCCCGUCCGGAUAGCCAGGUGCUGGUGCUGACCAAUUUGCGACCCGAGGAUGCGGGCCGCUACAUCUGCAACUCGUACGACGUGGACCGAAGGCAGCAACUGCCCGAAGUCUCCAUCGACUUGCAAGUACUAACGGCCACCCCGCCACCCAACAACCCCAUCUACCUGCCGCCGCAAUUGCCAGGAAAGAGCCGCGACUACAGCCUCAAACUGGAUGAGCAGUCCUCGAACCUGCGAGCGGGUGAGUCCACCGAAGUCGAGUGCUACUCCACCGAUGACACCUACACGGACGUGGUGUGGGAGCGAUCUGACGGUACUCCACUCAGCAAUAACAUCCGGCAAGUGGGAAAUCGUCUGGUAAUCAGUAAUGCGGCGCCAAGCGAUGCCGGUAACUAUGUGUGCAAGUGCAAGACGGAUGAAGGAGAUCUGUAUACCACCAGCUACAAACUUGAGGUCGAGGAUCAGCCACAUGAACUCAAGAGUUCCAGGAUUGUCUACGCCAAGGUGGGCAACAACGCCGUUUUGCCCUGCGGAGCCGAUGAAAGUCGUCAACCCACCUACCGCUGGUCCCGCCCACAUGGUCAACUUCAAGCGGGACGCAAUCUAUUGAACGAGAAGCUGUCGCUGGACAGUGUGCAGGCAAACGACGCCGGUACGUAUGUUUGCACCGCCGCAUACGGCGAUGGCGAGACGCUGGACUUCCUCAACAUCCUGGUUGUGAGAGGGGCGAUUCCCCAGUUCCGGCAAGAACCCCGCAGCUACAUGAGCUUCCCCACGCUACCAAACUCUUCGUUUAAGUUCAACUUCGAGCUGACUUUCCGGCCGGAAACAAGCGACGGUCUCCUGCUGUUCAACGGACAAACCCGCGGAAGUGGCGACUACAUCGCACUAUCGCUCAAGGAUCGCUAUGCGGAGUUCCGGUUUGAUUUUGGUGGCAAGCCGAUGCUGGUGCGAGCUGAGGAACCACUGGCGCUGAAUGAGUGGCACACGGUCCGCGUAAGUCGCUUCAAGAGGGAUGGAUACAUCCAGGUGGACGAACAACAUCCGGUGGCCUUCCCCACCCUGCAGCAGAUACCGCAACUGGAUCUGAUCGAAGAUCUGUAUAUUGGCGGAGUGCCCAACUGGGAGCUCCUGCCCGCCGAUGCUGUUAGCCAGCAAGUUGGCUAUGUGGGCUGCAUCAGUCGCUUAACCCUGCAAGGACGCACCGUGGAACUGAUCCGGGAGGCCAAGUUCAAAGAGGGCAUCACCGACUGCCGACCAUGUGAGCAUGGUCCUUGCCAAAAUAAGGGCGUCUGUUUGGAGAGCCAGACCGAGCAGGCCUACACCUGCAUUUGCCAGCAGGGAUGGACUGGUAAGGAUUGUGCCAUUGAGGGCACCCAGUGUACGCCCGGAGUCUGUGGCGCCGGACGCUGCGAGAAUACAGAGAACGACAUGGAAUGCCUGUGCCCGCUGAACCGAUCCGGAGAUCGAUGCCAGUAUAAUGAGAUCUUGAACGAACACAGUCUCAACUUUAAGGGCAACAGCUUUGCGGCCUAUGGAACUCCCAAAGUCACCAAAGUCAACCUCACUCUCUCCGUUCGUCCGUCAAGUUUGGAGGACUCCGUGAUUUUAUAUACGGCAGAAUCCACUUUGCCCAGCGGCGAUUACCUGGCACUGGUACUACGCGGUGGCCACGCGGAGCUCUUAAUAAAUACGGCGGCUCGUUUGGAUCCUGUGGUUGUGCGAUCUGCGGAGCCACUGCCUUUAAAUCGCUGGACAAGAAUCGAGAUCAGACGUCGCCUGGGCGAAGGAAUCCUACGAGUGGGCGACGGACCAGAGCGAAAGGCGAAGGCCCCAGGUUCCGAUCGAAUUUUGUCCCUUAAAACCCACCUCUAUGUGGGCGGCUACGAUCGCUCCACAGUCAAGGUUAACCGGGACGUGAACAUCACUAAGGGCUUCGAUGGCUGCAUCUCCAGGCUUUACAAUUUCCAAAAACCUGUUAAUCUCCUAACGGACAUCAAGGAUGCGGCAAAUAUCCAGAGUUGUGGGGAGACAAAUAUGAUAGAAGGCGACGAAGAUACCGACAACGAGCCACCAGUUCCGCCUCCAGCUCCAGCUGUUCACGAGAAUGAACUUCAACCAUAUGCGAUGGCACCGUGUGCCAGCGAUCCGUGUGAAAACGGAGGAAUCUGCACUGAACAAGAGGACGUGGCCGUAUGCGCCUGUCCUUUCGGAUUCAGUGGCAAACACUGUCAGGAGCACCUUCAACUGGGCUUCAAUGCCUCGUUCCGAGGCGAUGGGUACGUUGAGCUGAAUCGAAGCCACUUCCAACCCGCUUUGGAGCAGUCCUACACUUCCAUUGGCAUCGUCUUCACCACCAACAAGCCGAACGGUCUGCUGUUCUGGUGGGGCCAAAAGGCUGGAGAGGAGUAUGACGGACAGGACUUCAUAGCCGCCGCGGUGGUUGAUGGCUAUGUGGAGUACUCGAUGAGGCUCGAUGGCGAGGAGGCGGUGAUCCGGAACAGCGAUAUCCGCGUGGACAACGGGGAACGACACAUUGUGAUCGCUAAACGGGACGAAAACACCGCCAUGCUAGAGGUCGAUCGCAUGCUGCAUUCGGGUGAAACUCGACCCACCAGCACAAGGGCGAUGAAGCUGCCGGGCAAUGUUUUUGUCGGUGGCGCUCCUGACAUCGAGGUGUUUACGGGUUCCCGAUACAAGCACAAUUUGAACGGCUGCAUAGUGGUCGUCGAGGGCGAAACUGUGGGCCAAAUUAAUCUUAGUUCUGCUGCUGUUAACGGAGUGAAUGCCAACGUCUGUCCCGCUGACGACGAUCCACUGGGAGGAACCGAACCGCCAGUUGUCUGAGGACACAACCAACAACCGAAACUAGCUUUUUAAUUAAACAUUAAACAAUGAAACAAAACGAACAACAAUUUUUAUAUAUACAACAUAUGAAUAAGCCCAAGAAAAUCCACAAAAAAUUGAAUAUUAUAUCACUUACACAUAAUACAUAAAAACCAAAAAAAAAAAAACAAAAAAAACAAAAAGAAAAGAGAAACGAUCACUUCAACUACAAUUGCUUCUUCGAUCCUUAAGUCUAGAUUAAAGAUUGUAGCAAGGAAAAAAGCGAAUAUCACAAACAUUUAUUUAACAAAAACGCCAUGCAAGAAGUGAAACGAAACAGAUACAAUAAUGCAAUUAAUGCAAAUAAUACAGAAAAUACAGAUACAGAUAAAGCCUAGAACCCUAAGAACUUACUAACUCGAGCAACAAGAACGCAUACUAGCCAACUGCAACCACAAAAAACCACAAUAGUGAAGGCAUUUUAAUUAUAAUUUUAGUCUCUAGCUUAUACCUAUAUGACUACGACUCUUUUUUUGCGAGCCCAGUGUAAAAAGUUGGAGAUCGAAAAUUGGCCCUACACACACACACAAGACCAUGUUAUUGAUUAUAAACCAAUUGAUAAUAUACAUAUAAUGAUAAAUGAAUUACUAAGAAUGCAACUAUUGUGAACGAGCGAGAACCGUUGAGUGGAUAAAUGCAAUUGCAGAAGAUAUAUUAAAGUGAAAUCAACAACA